UCCUCCGAAGCUUGGCGUUUCGUCAGUGGGGACCCACGCGGCUUCAGCAUGCGUAUCGAGAAGUGUUAUUUCUGUUCCGGGCCCAUCUACCCUGGCCACGGCAUGAUGUUCGUACGCAACGAUUGCAAGGUGUUCAGAUUUUGUAAAUCUAAAUGUCAUAAAAACUUUAAAAAGAAGCGCAAUCCUCGCAAAGUUAGGUGGACCAAAGCUUUCCGGAAAGCAGCUGGUAAAGAGCUUACAGUGGAUAAUUCAUUUGAAUUUGAAAAGCGUAGAAAUGAACCUAUCAAAUACCAGCGAGAGCUAUGGAAUAAAACUAUUGAUGCAAUGAAGAGAGUUGAAGAGAUCAAACAGAAACGCCAAGCUAAAUUUAUAAUGAACAGACUGAAGAAAAAUAAAGAGCUACAGAAAGUUCAGGAUAUCAAAGAAGUCAAGCAAAACAUCCAUCUUAUCCGAGCCCCUCUUGCAGGCAAAGGGAAGCAUUUGGAAGAGAAAAUGGUACAGCAGUUGCAAGAGGAUGUGGAUAUGGAAGACGCUUCUUUAAAAUCUCUGUAACCAUUUCUUUUAUGUGCAUUUGAAAAUGCCCUUUGGACACUUGGAACUGCUAAAUUAUUAGUUUAUUUUUUACAUAAGGUUACUUAAAUGAAAAGUGAUUAAAAUAUAUCUUUUCUACAUUGCCAUCUAUAAAACAUCAGAUAUUACUGAUG